CCACAACAGCAGCACGCAUGCUCGCGCUCAAGAGCCUCUCGCGUCAGCACCGGCUCGCCUUUGCGCUGGCUGCAGGCAUGCGGCAUGCGCCGUCGUUGCCGCAGCGCGCCUGCUUCUCGACGUCGCGUCGUCGCAGCGAGGGCGAGGCGCCGUCACGGCGAGUGCCGCGCGCUACCCUGUACACGGGCACCGACUGCCAGCUGUGCGACGUCGCCAAGGCCGUGCUGGACGACGUGGCACGUGAGGCGCCGCUGGAGCUCACGCUCUACAACAUCCGCGACGACACGCUGCCCGACGUCCACCGCUGGCGGCGCGCGUACCAGUAUGACAUUCCCGUGCUGCACAUCGAGGGCAGCGAGGUGGCACGGCAUCGGCUGGAUCGCGCUGCACUGCUGCAGCAGCUGCGGGCGGCACAGCAGGCACUCGACGAGGCGCCAAAGCAGUGAGCUCGGCCCGCACGGUGCGCUGCCUCAUAUGCUCGGCGCCGGCGUCACGUCGCGCACUUUGCGGGCGACCCAGAAGGCCGGCGUGUACUGAUAGCUGAGCAUGCAAGCGGCGUUGCCCGUGUACGGCUGCGGCGGCAGUGCUCGGUGCUUCUGGCGAGGCAGACAGGCCCAUCUGCUCGACGAGGCCGAGCAUCUCCUCGAGCGUAAGCUCGAUGCUCAGGUCGCCGUUGUUCUCGUAAUGCCAGAGCAGCGGGCCCGCGUUGAUCCAGAUGCCGCCGACGGGCAGCACGUGGUUCAGCACCUCGAGAUAGCGC